UCUUGGGCGGGAUCGUUGAGAGUCAAACUUGUCAAAACUUGACUUUCAAUUAUGUGCGUCUCGGUGUCACGAGAUCGAACCAUAAAUCUUGGGAACGUGCGAGUAUACAACGAAAGAACCUCUCAUCGGCCGAGUCACUUUUUUAUUUUCAUACACUUUCUUUUCUUUUCUUUUUGAAUCGGCCGCUGUUCUUGACCAGUAUGAAGCUAUCUCUGUCCAGAACAGUUCUGUAAGAAGUUUUAUAUCAAAUAUUAUAAUAUUGGUUUCGUAUUAUAUUAGACUUUCCAUCUUUCUCUCUCUAAAUCUAGGACAAAAAAACAUGGAAGAGUUAGAGAGAGAGGGAGAGGCAGCAGAAAAUGAUUGAUAACCAACAAUGAAUGGUUUUGAUUCUGAAGUGCACAGAGAAAAAUUAAUUGCCAAGAAAGUCGCAGAGGUAACAGAGUGAAGAACCUUUUUUUUUUUUAUCUUUUUUGAAUAAUCAUAGAAAGUCACAAAAAGAAAGUUUCCUUUUUUGAUCCGAUUCGAAGGAAAACCAAAAAAAAAGAUUUGAUUAUUUCCAUAAAUCGCGAAGAUUCUUUCUAAUUGAAUCUUAGGCGAUGAAUGGCUUUUAAGUUUUUCGAAUUACUAGUCAUCAGGGUUUAGAGAAACCAUGGUGGUUCUGAAGAAGACAUCCUUGCUGGUCUUCUUCUUCUUCUUUGUCUUGUUGUUAGAGUCAACGUUCGAGCAACAGACAAGUUCUCUGGAUGAGAAAUCGGCGCUUCUGUUGUUAAGGUCUUCUCUUGGGUUAAGGAGCAGAGAUUGGCCUGUGAGAGGCAAUCCUUGUCUGAACUGGAACGGCAUAGAAUGUGAUCAGAAAGGUAGAGUAAUUAAGGUCAACAUUUCAGGGUUCAGAAGGACUAGGCUUGGGAAUCGAAACCCGCAAUUCUCAGUUGAUUCGCUUGUCAAUCUCACCCGUUUGGCUUCCUUCAAUGCCUCAAGGUUCUCUCUUCCAGGUCCAAUCCCGGUUUUGUUCGGAUCGAGUCUGUUGACUUUAGAGGUUUUGGACCUUAGCUCUUGUUCAAUCACAGGAACAAUCCCUGAAAGUUUGACUCGGUUAACACACCUCAAAGUUCUUGAUCUUUCAAAGAAUGCAAUCAAUGGGGAUAUUCCUCUGUCUCUUACCUCUCUUCGGAAUUUAUCAAUCCUUGAUCUUUCCUCAAACUCGGUGUUUGGUUUGAUUCCUGCUAAUAUUGGGGCACUCUCAAAGCUCCAGCAUCUCAAUCUUUCGCGUAACACCUUGUAUUCUUCAAUACCUCCAUCACUCGGAGACCUUUCUGCUUUAGUCGACCUUGAUCUCAGCUUCAACGACCUGUCAGGUUCGGUUCCAUCCGAUUUGAAAGGGCUAAGGAACUUACAGACACUUGUAAUUGCGGGAAAUAGCCUUUCAGGAUCCCUACCUCCUGAUCUGUUCAGUUUCCUGAGUAAACUUCAUAUUGUUGACUUCAGAGGCAGUGGUUUCAUAGGCGCUUUACCGUCCAGGUUAUGGUUGUUACCGGAGCUGAAGUUUCUAGAUCUUUCUGGAAAUCACUUCUCUGACAUGCUGCCUAAUACCACUGUCAGUUUUGAUUCUACUGUCUCCAUGCUUAACAUAUCCGGGAACAUGUUUUACGGUAAUCUCACACUUUUACUGAGAAGGUUCCAAGUUGUUGAUCUGUCAGAAAACUAUUUUGAAGGUAAAGUUCCUGACUUUGUGCCAACCAAUGCUUCAUUGAGCAACAAUUGUCUUCAGGGCCCAGCGAACCAGCGGAAAUCGUCGGAUUGCGCUUCCUUUUAUUCCAACAAGGGCUUAACUUUCAACAAUUCCGGACCUCCUGAAGAAAAGAAGAGUCCUAAAUCUUCCUGGUUAAGCCACACGAAAAUAGUUAUACUUGCUGCAGUUGGAGGGUCUAUAUUGCUAAUGCUCAUUCUCAUAGUGUUACCUAUAACAGUGAGUUUCUGUGUCCGUCGAAGAAACAGAACAUCAACAAGUAAUCAUCCUAGAGGGAGACACAACGGAGUUGGCCCAUUGCCUCCUGAUGAAACACUUCCCUCAAGAGGAGGAGUCUCUAUAAACUUUGGGAGUCUUGGAUCAUCAUUUAACUAUCAGCAGCUGCUCAAUGCCACCAAGGAUUUCAGUGAUUCGAACCUGAUCAAGAAAGGACAUUCGGGGGAUCUUUUCAAGGGCGUUCUAGAAAACGGAGUUCAAAUCGUUGUAAAAAGAAUCAGCUUGGAAUCUACAAAGAACAACGAAGCAUAUCUUACCGAGUUGGAUUUCUUCAGCCGGUUUGCGCAUCCAAGAAUAGUCCCAUUCGUAGGGAAGAGCUUAGAGAGCACAACCCAUAAGUUCUUGGUGUACAAAUACAUGCUGAAUAGAGAUUUACCAAGCUCAUUGUUCUAUAAAUCCAAUUCCCUAGUUGACAACGGAUUGAGAUCUCUCGAUUGGAUCACCAGACUGAAAAUAGCACUGGGAGUAGCAGAGGGACUUGCUUAUCUGCACCAUGAUUGCUCACCAUCUGUCGUCCACAGGGAUGUUCAAGCGAGCAGCAUUCUCUUGGAUGAUAAGUUUGAAGUUAGGCUUGGGAGCUUUAGCAAAGCUUGUCAUCAAGAAAACAAUGGCCGUCCACGGAAAAUAGCCCGGUUGCUCAGACUAUCCCAAUCUUCUCAAGAAAGUGUUCCUGGGUCUCCAGCUACAGCAACAUGUGCAUACGAUGUGUACUGCUUCGGCAAAAUACUUGUGGAGCUAAUCACAGGAAAACUCGGAAUCAGCUCAUGCCAGGAUACCCAAUUCAAGAAAAUCCUAACCGAGAUCAUGCCUUACAUUUCAUCACAACAGAAAGAACCCGUAAUGAACAUUCUAGACCAAUCUCUUCUGGUCGACGAAGACCUCUUAGAAGAAGUCUGGGCAAUGGCAAUCGUCGCAAGAUCUUGUCUCAACCCUAAACCAACGAGACGGCCGCUUAUGAGACACAUAGUACAAGCCCUCGAGAAUCCACUGAGGGUCGUGAGAGAAGACAGCAGCGAAUCUGAGAGAUUCCGUACGACGGGAUCUUCGAGAGGAUCUUCGAGUAGCGGUCGAAUUUUUGGUAGUUGGAGACAAAGCGUGUCUGAUCCUGUCGCGGCGGGAACCAGUAGCCUUCUGUCUCAAGCGGAGGGUUUAGCGACGGGCUCGUCGACGCGAGAAAGUAGCCGUGGCGCGUCGAGUCGACCAAGUAUGAAAGAUGUAUAGAAAGGAAGACACACACGAUCAACAUUUUUACCUUUUUUUCUUUUAAUUUUUAAUUUUUUUUUUGUGGUUAUGAUUUGAUCUCUUGUUGAUAAAAAAUUCCCAUAAAUUUAUAAUCUUUUUAGAUGAUCAAACCAGACCUGUCUUUUGAUCUUCUCUUGCAAUUUAGGUUGUAUUGGGGUACGAAUUGAAAAAUAGUAUACGUUUGGGGCAAUAAUAUAAAAACAAAAGUUUCUGUAGUA